AUGAAAGAUAUGCAUUCGUUACUUCAGCAUCAAUUUUCAGAACUCACAAAACUCGCAAGAAAAUUCAACUGUUUUUACUUAACAGGGUUGAACAAAGGCAUAUGUAAACCAUUUAUAGUGGGAGGUCAUCAAGUAGGCCUAAUUCGGCCCGAUGUCAUGAAACAUCUUCAAAGAUUUCCGGAGGUGUUCAUAGUUACUGGAAAGUUUGUUGAAUUAAAUCCAGCUUUUAGAGGAUAUAAAGAACGGACAUCAAAAGUAGCCGAUGUUUUACAAACUUUACGCAAAGAAAAUGAAAUAUGUGCUCUAAAGGGUUGGCGAGAUGAGUGUUUUGAAGUGAGUACACCAUUAUAUCAUGAGAGUCUUUUGGAGAUGGACAGAAGUGCAAUUUGUCUCUUUGGCAUAAGGAAUUAUGGUGUUAGCGUUAAUGGUUAUUUAACUCAUCCAACAAAAGGUCUUUGUAUCUGGUUACAACAAAGAAGUUUAACCAAACAAACAUGGCCUGGAAAAUGGGAUUGCUUUGUCAGUGGAGGCCUAGCUGUUGGCUAUGGUAUCCUGGAGACUGCUAUAAAAGAAGCAGCUGAAGAGGCUUCUGUCGUAGGAGAAUUAGUAAAGAAGUUGAUUCCAUCUGGUUGUGUUAGUUUCUUUUUUGAAAGUGAAAGGGGAUUAUUUCCAAACACGGAAUAUGUGUAUGAUCUUGAGCUUCCAUUCGAUUUUAUUCCACAAAAUGCAGACGGUGAAGUGGAGACUUUUGAACUGUUAACAGCCGAAGAAUGUAUUCAGAGGGCGCUCAGUCCACAAUUUAAAACCACAAGUGCCCCCGUUCUAUUAGAUUUCCUUAUAAGGAAAGGAUACAUUAACCCUGAAAAUGAGCCACAUUACAGGCACAUUGUGGAGCUACUUCAUGUUCCUCUUCAGUCUAUUUAUAAUUCGCCAUGUACUGACAUCACUACUAAUGGCGAUGGCAAAUAA